AUGGCUGCUAAUACCGACGAUUCACAUGUUCCAAGUGCAAAACAAGUCGACAAACUUCUUCAGUACCUCGACAUACUCUAUCCUGGAGGUAAACCGAUUCAACCCGUGAUUGAUCCAAGUCCAGGAACUUGUAUCUACAAGGAUGAAGUAAAUACAUUUUGUCAAACGAUCUCCGAUGAUUGGUUCUGGCGCGGUUUUACUGCAAAAGCUGCUGCAGAAUAUUGUAACAAUCCUGACAAGUUACAGACUGCGACUUGGAAAGACAUCAAAUGUGUACUGACGUUCUUUAUCUUUAAAGAACGAUUUUGCAAUGGCUAUCAAGGCGCAGCCAUCGAAGACGGUUUUAUACGCACACUAUUACUCCGAGUGAAGGAGCUGGCAAAGAAAUAA